AUGGCUCCUCCGACUUGGGCAACUGUCGAACAAAGGGACCUCUUGACGUCGAAGGUGGCGUCUCAUCGCAGCGCACAAGCUGGACAGACAUUACCGCGUUUCUGGGCUGAUCUAUACCGUGAAUGGUUCAGGCUGUUUCCAGAGCGGGAUGUCUUCUUCGCGGGUCGAACAGGGCCCAUUACGGAGGAGGAAUCGAAGGAGCUGAGCAAGGCCAUAGAGAAACGUAAGAAGACUUUGCGCAACUGGUUUAGUAACCAUUCCGGCCAGAAGGGCCGCAAGGCAGCGUCUGCGAAAGUCAAUAUGAACAUCUUCAAACCGAAAGGACGGCGGAACCUGCAGGUUCUUGAGGUAUAUUCUCGCAAGUACUACGACGACUGCGUGAAGCCUGCCGUCAAAGCAGCCCUCGCGAGUCGCAAGUAUGAGAGCGCUGAGAAGAUGAAUCUCGUGAGGCAACUGACCCGGGAGGCGUAUGAGAAUGAGAGCGACGAGACCAAAGCGGAGAUCGAAGCCGAGGUCAUCGCAUCGAGAACCGCUAACGAGGCGCUCGCAGCUCUUCCAGCCAAUGGUCAGGCUGGUCAGGCGCCGCCAAACCCUGUGCAACGUCAAGCAAUAAUCGACAACGUACCUGCCAUUCUCCAACAAGUCCUGCCCGUGUUGCAUGACUUGACGGGUGGAUAUUACAUGGUCGUUGGCGUACUGAAGGACUGUGACGGAAAUAUUACGACUGUGGCAUACCACGCAGAGGACCCGACUGUGGGCUACACGUAUGGCUCGUCGACGCCAGACUUCAAGUCGCGGGUCGUUCAGCCGUUCGCGGAAUAUGUUAAGGUUGAGCUAGCCGUACGUGAGGAAGAGGAGUUUGAGUCGAAAACCACCGGCCUUGUGCAGAUGUCCGAUUCCGAAGGUCGAGGCGAGAGCGUUGAAGCUGAGGCGGCGCAGACUAUUGCAGAGACUGAGGUUAGCCACACUGAGGUCGCCCACACUGAUCCUGACGAGGGCGCCGCAGCAACGGAGACGUCUUCGGCAGCUCAAUCUUCGGCGGACACGGCUUCAGGGGAUGUGUCUAUGGCGGAAACAUCCUCCGUGGAUGUGUCGUCGCCAUAUGUGGUCGAGUCUUCGGUAAAUGGCGCUUCGGACGACUCUUCUUCAGUGUACGCGACCUCCGCAGACAGGACAUCGCUCACCUCUUCCCUGGAUGCGUCGAUGACCCUCACGUCUUCACCUUUGUUGGACGCGACUUCGGUGGACACCGUUAUGGACGGGAACCUGGACCUGGGGUCUCAUGACACUGCCACUGGCAUGCUCGACCUACUUUAUGAUCACGAGCCUAUCAACGCCCUCGCACCGGAGAUGACUGAUCUCUACCGCCCCGAAUUCAACCCCCAGCCUCCGUCGCUGUCGCUCGCUGAGUCCAUGUCAGCUCCCUUCGUUUUCCCAGACGGCUUCACCUAUGCGUGGGACGACAACAACCCGAUGAACCCGAUGACAAUGGAAGGAAGCCAGAUCUACGUGGGCGCCCAAGUCUCGAUGCCCUUGAUGGCAGCGGCGCCACCGCUCGGUUUCUUCCCCUCUGACACGUCUUCCUAUCAUUCUGGCUCAUCUGUGCCAGCUGGAUGGAACGGGAUGGCCAUGGAAGGCGCCAUCGCGCCGAUGGUCUCCCCGUCGCAGAUGGUCGCCCUGUCGCAGAUGGUCGCUCCGCCGCAGAUGGUCGCUCAGCCGCCGAUGGUUGCUCAGCCGCCGAUGGUCGCCCCGCCGCAGAUGGUCGCCCCGCCGCAGAUGGUUGCUCAGCCGCCGAUGGUCGUCGCGCCGCCGAUGGUAGCCGCUGCGCCGUCGGCUCACACCUCUCCGGGCACCGAGCUCGCCGCAUCGUCUCAUGCAAGUACGCAGAGCGCCAUAGCGUGGUCGGUGCCUUCGUCCACCGGGGUGUCAUCUGCUCUGCCUUCGAUAUCUUCGCCUACGCCGUCCAUGACCACCUCUGCGCCGUCUACUAGCGAUCACACACGUACGACGGUGUCUGACAUCACGAAUGUCGUUGACGCUACCACUCGUGCACGUUUGACGCAGCCGGCUACAAGCCCUUCUUGCUCUUCUUCAGAGGUCGAAGGCGUCAACUCACCUUCGUCGACGAACGGCGCACCGGAGCCGGCGAGCGCUACAGCAGCACCACGACCGCAUCGUUUCCGUCGUGUGCCGGUGAACGCAGACGGGACCCGUCCCAGCAACUUACCCGGCACCCGGUCCCCCGCGAAGGAGAACAAUGUUGGGGGGUCGACGACGACGAAGACUGCACAGAAAAGGAAGGGGGCAACGAGCCCGACUGGACCGUCUAAGAAGCAGAAGGUUAACUCACAAAGGACUGUCGACCGGAAGUCGAGAUGGAUGAGGGGCCGCAAGGACAUCGCCGGAGAUCAGAUUGGCAGCGAGAACAAGUCAGAGAGAUGGGAUGUGGACGUGGACUUGGAGGCCGAAGAGGAGGUGAAGGUUGUCGUUGAGGCCGGGUGA